AUACUAGAAACCUGUGCCAAUACUACUCCUGCAGCUACAUCUUUCAAAAUUAUUUAUUUAUUUAUUAUUUAUUUUUAUUUUAUUUGUCCCAUAGGGAGAUUUACUCCUUCAUUUUAGGGGGAUUAUAAUAAAAGUAAUUCAUUGGAUAACAGCCAUAUGAGUACAUAAGGUUUUAUUGAGCAAGGUGGGAAGUUGCUAACUGGGAGUGUUUUGUGGUAACAUGACAUUUUCAAAGCAUGUUCAUAAAAAGCAGGUUUCACUCCCAAGAAGCUUCGCCCUCAGGCCGUUCCCUCCCAUUGCUUUAGAGUCCGCCCCGCCCACCCCUCUGCUGUUUUACUGGCUUUCAUAAUGCCAAGCUCAAUCAAGCAGUCACUGUAGGGAAAGCUGUCCUGGUGGGUAGUCUGCUUAAUACAAAUAGAAAGAAGAACGUCACUGUGCUGUCUCCACCAGCCUCUUCUCUCAGCUGAAGCCUGUUUUCUGACAAGAGGAGAAGAGACCCAUCAUUCAUCAAAGCUUUGCCUCCGUCAGCCAGAGCCAUCAUGCAGGAAGAGUCUAAACAAAGAAGAAUGACCAUGGAUUUUUCUCAGCUACACACAUAUACUCCUCCACAGUGUGCUCCAGAGAACACCGGUUAUACUUACUCUCUCAGUUCCAGCUACUCCACUGCAGCAUUAGAGUUUGAGAUAGAGCACAAGAUUGAUCCUGUCUACGAGUCACCCAGGAUGUCUCGAAGGAGUCUGCGUCUACAGGGCAGUGCCAGUCACUAUGGCAACGACAACCUAGCGGAUUACUCCCAGAACCACAGCAGCAGCUUCACCAGCACUAAGAGAGAAACGAGGACGUUACGCAGCAGAAAGCAGCAGUCCACUUCCAGCUCCCUGUCUUUAUCCCUGAGCCAAGUCGCAACACCAAGAAAAACUCUGGCUUUCUCAGCUGCAAGUACACCGAUUGACAACAGCAGCACAUUUCACGACAGCAACACAACGUCCGAUGUGUCUCAGUUCUCUUCCGCUCAUGACCAGUCCCAACUGAGACAACGUACAGUCACCAUGACAACCAACACUACGACGACUGCUGUGGAUGGGCACUGGGGGCAGUGCUCCGGCCACAGUUCAUCAGGUGUAAAUGGCGAUGCCAGCACAUCAAAGUCACAUGCCUCACUCGCUAAUGGAUACAUCUGCAACGACUGCUCGUUACACUCUCAGAAGAUGGAUUCUGGUAUCAUACGGUCAUCUUCAUUAUCUCAAGCCACAGAACUGUCCACAGACGCCCUCAAUUCCUCAUCUUCGUCAUUCACCGGCAUAUACACCAGAGACAGGAGUCGGAGAAACAAGACAGGUGUCCUGAUGUCAAUGUCUAACACGUGCAUGCGCUACAGUAAACAAGCCCUGGCCCCCAUAGUGUCCUUAGUCACUGUUGUCUUCAGCAGUGUGAUGCAGCUGGGUUCAGGGGCCAAGAGUCCAAAAAGAAAAGGUAUCCUUGUAUCGUUUUGGGACUCAUUGAGACAAGCGGCUUCAUCCAGUUUUUCCACAUUGUGGCUGUUUAAGCAGACGACUUUGCACAGGAUGAUGGGCCACAGGGAUAAUGGCUAUGAAGGACAAGCUCACUCAAGUUUCUGUGGGAGCAUGAAUGUGAAGGAUCUGGCGACUGAAGAUGCAUCACAUCUUAAUCUCAAUGGUUCCCUGUGUCACUGCCUACUGCAGCCGGGUUAUUGUGUGGUGAGAGCGGGCAAAGCGUUGGCUUCAGGUGUUAGCACAGUAGCACAGAGGCUGGUCUCAUUCCUCUGGUGGCUUCUGGGAGCUCCAGUGAAAGCAGGCAAAGGGCUCUUGUGGUUUCUUGCAAGAGGAUGGUAUAUGCUGGUGUCUCUUAUGUCUCUUCUCAAUGUCUUCUUCUUGACACAAUGCCUUCCCAAACUUUUGAAGCUUCUCUUGCUCCUCUUGCCCCUUUUACUCCUCCUGGCUUUAUGGUUAUGGGGUCCGUCCAGUUCUUCCCUGUUUGCCUUCCUUCCAGCCAUAAAUUUAACCGAGUGGUAUCCUGCAUCUCCCUUCACCUACAUUUCUAACUUGGGAGCAGUACCAGCUUCUGUUCCCUCACCAGAGACUCCACUGGAGAAAGCCCCAGCCACACCAGUUUCCCAGGCAACGCCGAUCCUACCCCCUGUGGCUGUCUCUAGUGUGGACUUGGAGCGUCUCGAACAAGUAGAGCGCCAGCUAGCGCUGUUGUGGAAUCGGGUUGAGAAGGGUGACCAGAAGACGGAGCAGCGUCAUGGGGAUAUUUUGGGUCUCUACAGCACUCUGAGGGAGCAGCUUCACACUCAGACUGACAGGGAGACCCUGGGAUUGUGGGUGUCCUCCCUGUUGGAGCAGCGACUCGGCGUGCUACAGGGACAGCUGGAGCAGGAGAACACACAGAGAGCACAAACUGAAGAGCAACAGAAACAGCAUCAGGAGGGUCAGACGGUACGUCUGGCUGAUCUAGAGAUACUGCUCAAAGCUUUGGGAACCAAAACUGAGGAGUUGCAGCAGAAACAGCAGCAGUAUGAACACGAGAAGAAGGAAAGAGAGAAAGAGGUGGUCGUGUCGGCAGCAGAUACACCCCCUGUCAGUGUGGGUGUGAAGCAAGAGGACCAUGAUGCUCUGCUGGCUGAGGUGCAGAGGCUUGAGCUAGAGUUGGGUAAAAUUAGAGAGGACCUGCACGGAGUUGUUGGAUGCAAAGGAAAGUGUGAGCAGCUGGACACACUGCAGGAAACGAUAUCGGCUCAGGUGUCCUCGGAGAUGCGGAGGGAGUUGAAUGCUCUUUUCUUUGGCGGUGGUGGGUCAGAGCAGCAGCAGGGUGAGGUGCCUGAGUCUCUCCUGCUCUGGCUGUCCCAGCGUUACGUGAGCACACCUGACAUGCAGGCCGCACUGGCUUCACUGGAAAUGAGCAUCCUGAGAAACAUAUCGCUACAGCUGGAGCUUAGCCGGGCCCAGACCCUGGGAGAGGCUCAGUCCCAAACCCAGAACAUUGUUCAGACGAUAACCGGGACUGUCCAGCACGCUUCUGCUUCUGAGGGGCUGACAGAAGAGCAAGUGAAGCUGCUUGUCCAGAAUGCCCUAAAGCUGUACUCCCAGGACCGAACAGGCCUGGUGGACUACGCCCUGGAGUCUGGAGGUGGCAGCAUCCUCAGCACCCGUUGCUCUGAGACGUACGAGACCAAGACGGCCCUCAUGAGUCUGUUUGGUCUUCCACUCUGGUAUUUCUCCCAGUCUCCACGCGUCGUAAUCCAGCCGGAUGUAUAUCCUGGUAACUGCUGGGCGUUCAAAGGCUCUCAGGGUUAUCUGGUGAUCAGGCUGUCCCUCAGGAUCCUGCCGACAUCCUUCUGUGUGGAGCACAUCCCCAGGGCCUUGUCCCCGACUGGAAACAUCACAAGCGCCCCGCGCAACUUCACCGUCUAUGGUCUAGAUGAUGAGUACCAAGAAGAGGGGAGGCUGCUGGGGCACUACACCUACGAGGAGGAUGGGGAGUCACUACAGACUUUUCCUGUUCAGGAGAAGAACGAUAAAACCUUCCAAAUUAUUGAGGUGCGCGUGUUGUCUAACUGGGGUCACCCAGAGUACACCUGCCUAUACCGCUUCAGAGUCCAUGGACAACCCCGCCCUUAGCAAACCAGCCACCACCACAAACAUACAUCAUCACACCCUAUCUGUACAUAGCUCUCACCGACUUCUUCAAAACUGUGGGGAAUCAAGAGUUUGGAUUUUUUUUCCCUUUUUUUUCAUAAAAACUGUGAACACACAGAGGUUGUGGAUUGUUAAAGCGAUGUGCGAAGAUGGAAUCAUGGAUGUGUUUUUGUAUUAUAGAAAGAAUCAGAGGAAUGUUUGUAUCUGGACUGUCAAGGAAUACAGAGAGAAAAGGAACCACAGAAGAAGCUAGAAGACCCAUUCCCCUUUUCAUUGCACUGAAUCAGCUGUUGAGGGUGCAGAAUAGCCCUGAGCAGACUAAUCCAUCCCUCCUUCACGCACCUCCCACUUCUACAGGAAGGUGGAAUGGGGGGUUUACAGACUCAUCUUCAUUUCUUCACACUACAACUCGGACACAUUUUUUUUCUCCUGUUCUUUAAAAACUUUGUUCUUAGCAUCUGCCAUUUUAUUUUUAGGAUAAAGACCACUGCACCUUUGCCUAAGAUGCUAUCUAGGCAGCCUCUUCAGUAACUGCAGUUGAACUUUUGCAAGUCUGCACUCACCAUGGAUAAGUUGGGUUCACUACUACGUGGGUUUGGCCACAUGCUUUCACAUAGCCAUAAAUAUUUUUUUUUAAGAACUGAAAAUGCUGCAUAUGGAGUUCUGAAUGUUUGCUGAAGUGGAGGCUUGAUGUAAGUUUCCAUCAAUCAUGGCAACACGAAAAAACCCACCGAGCGGAGCACUAAGUGAAUCAAACACUAUGAUGCUCUUUACUAUGUACAUUAAGUAAAAUAUUUAUUUCGAUUAUGAGUCAACUCAAGGAAUCAUACCAGCAUGUGACUCCUCUUGAACCUUGCUCUUUUAUUUGCAUCAUGGAUGUAAAGGGGCGGUCCCAUGCCUGGAAAAAAGAUCUUUAACCAAUGUUGAAGGAUGAAACAUGCAACUUCUUCUGCAGACAAGAGUGUGCUUUUAUUUUGGAUUUUUUUUCUCCUGCUCUAGCUGAGUUAAACGUCCUCCUCACAUGGGCUCUCAUUACUCUAACACCCUGACAGAAUGUAAUCUGUACAUUUUAUUGUUAAUUGGUCCUUUACAUUAUGUACAUUUAUCAGUGUUGCUUCAUAAAAAAACAAACAAAAAAAAAAGAUUAUUGUUUUGCUAUUAUUUCUAUUGUUACUCAUUGUGUUUUGCGUUUUCUUUUUGUUUUUUUUUGUUUUUUUGGGGGGGGGUUGAUAUAAGAGGAUGCACUGUAACAACUUGAUAGGUUUGUGGCAUGGGUCUGCAGAGUUUGUUAAAAAAUGGGGUUGUGUAAGCAAUUUUGGUUGCAAUUAUGGGUAAGUCUAAAAUGUUACUUGUACAAAUGUUUUGUUCACAAUUUUAUUUAUUAACAAGUCGAUUAGUGGCUGCGAUGAAUGAGUAACUGCAAUGUAUAUUUUGUCAAAAGCUGUUCAGUGCAUUUUGGAAUCUAAGGACUUUUUUUUUAAGAUAAAUGGCUAUUUUUGUUCAGUCAUGAGAUGACUUAACUGCUUUGGAAUAUAUUCCAAUAAAGAUUUUAAUUUUGAAGAAA